AUGUCGCCCAAAUGGAUUCGAGGAACUCUGGUAUGCGCAUAUCAACUCGCCAUCACUUGUGGAAUUCUUCUCGCGGCUGUCGUCAACAUAUUUACGGAAAGUAUUGAUGGACCGAAUGCUUUUCGAGUCCCUUUUUCAAUACAAUUCGUUUGGGCAGGCAUCCUCUUCCUUGGCCUUGCUUUGUUACCAGAAACACCUCGAUAUCUCAUUAAACGUGGUCAACAUCAGGCUGCUGCAUCGUCACUAAGUCGUCUUCGUCGCCUUGACAUAACACACCCUGCCCUGGUAGAAGAAUUGGCCGAGAUUGAAGCAAAUCAUGAAUAUGAGUUGAGCUUAGAACUUUAUCUUCUACUAGUGAGUAUCAUUAUUGUUACUCUUUUGUUACAUCUUUCACUUCCGUUAAAAUAUGCAGUGACUGAUCUAGCUCUUUAUAGUGGCACAACUUUCUUCAAGAAUGUCGGAAUUUCGUCACCUUACGUCAUUCAACUUAUCUCCAACAUAGUAAACACCGUCUCAACUCUUCCCGGUAUGAUUUUAGUUGAAUCAUUAGGUCGACGUCGUCUCCUCAUGGUAGGUUCAGCAGGAAUGGCAAUUUCUCAUUUCUUGAUUGCCGCUGUUGGUACUGCAGCACAAGAAGAGGCGAGAGCUGUGAACAUAGUAAUCAUCAUAUUCGUCUGCUUCUUCAUCUUUUUUUUCGCUUCAUCCUGGGGACCAGUCGUUUGGGUCGUCACAUCAGAAAUCUUCCCAUUAAAGGUUCGAGCAAAGUCAAUGUCAAUCUCCACGGCUUCGAAUUGGCUCCUUAAUUUCGCCAUCGCUUAUAGCGUUCCAUAUAUGACAAGCAGCGGACCCGGUUAUGCAAAUCUUCAAGCAAAGAUAUUUUUCCUUUGGGCUUGCUUUUGUGUAAUUGCCUUUAUAUUCGUUUGGGGAAUGGUUUAUGAAACGAGCAAGAUCAGUCUUGAGCAGAUUGAUGAGUUAUAUGAACGAGUUGAGCAUGCUUGGAAUAGUAAUAACUUUGAACCAAGUUGGAGUUUCCAAGAGAUGAGGGAUGAAGGUGCAUCUGCAAGUGGAAUUCAAUUACAACUACAACUCGCUACUCAAGAAGAACCGAGAAGACGAACGGGUACAAGUGCAAGUGCAACGGGAAGUGAGGGUACUAUGUCAGAGGAAGAUAAAAUCAUUGCAGGAUUAGGAGAUGUUGAUUUAAGUUAUUAA